CAGGGCCCCGUGGAGCCCCACUCGCCGUGAACACCGGAGGGGUGGGUUCCAACUGGGUGGAGCUGCAGUGGUUACCAGUUCCGCAAGGUGACGCAGCAGUAGAGUACCUCAUCGAGGGCGUUGCGAUCCCGGAGCCAAGAGAUCCUCUUGCGGAAGAAGUCUGGGAACAGGUGAAGCGUGGAUCUGUGAGCGGCCUGAGAACAACCAGAGCACUUCCAUCAGGGACGAAGUCAGUUAACGUUUCCGGUCUGAGUUCCAACACGCUGUACAAGUUCCGGGUCAUGGAGUUGAACCCGUUCGGUCUAAGUGACCCCAGUCUUCCCACCGGAGAGGUCCGCACUCUACCUGCACCUCCAACCAAGAAGCCAGUUGUAGGCGGAGGCGGUGGAAAUCGCGAGGACCUGCGCAUCACCUGGGAACCGUUUGAGAAGAGAGACUACGGAGGUCCCGGGUUUGGUUACCGGGUGAUGUUCCGCAGGAGAGGCGUCAGUACCUGGGGCAGGGAUGAGAUCAGGACUAACGAGAGUGUUGAACUGGCUUCAUACGUGCACGGUCCUACCCGGUACUACGUACCUUACGACGUCAAAGUACAGGCUUUUAACGACCUGGGGAACGGUCCUGAGAGUGACAUGGUGACUGUUUACUCUUCAGGAGGACCUCCAGGACGGAUAAACGCCGUGCAGAUGAUGUACACCAGUCACUCCAACGCCACGCUGUCCUUCUCACCGCCACAGUACCGGGGGAACCUGCUGUACUACGUCAUACGUUACUGGAAGUCUAACGAGAGGGCCAACAGUUCGUAUGAUCCCGUCAACUACCAGGUCGUACCCAUCGAACAGGCCCGCGUUAGACCAGUCCGCUAUACCGAGCUGGAGCCGCUCAACCCGUACGUCUGGCCGAUCCCUGCCGACGAGGAGCCGAGGAGGUACCGACGGAAUCCCGACGAGCCACACCUUCGGGUCCGAAGGGCCGACGCCGGGCCACACUACGGCGUCGUCACAGGCCUCGAUCCGGACCAGCAGUACAGGUUUUCGGUUCGAGCCCGUACAGACGGAGGCCGGGGGGACUACAGCAGGGAGGUUUCCGGGAAAACAUUGGCGAACGCCGCGCAGUCCAGGGCAGCGGCUGGCGGACGACUAAACCAGCCGUGGUUGCCGACGCUACUCUGGGUCUUCCUGGCUCUGCUGAUCUUACUGUCCCUGCUGUGCUGCUGUCUGGGGUGCUACUGGUACAAAAAUGUGCGGCGACACACCAAGCUAAAAACAACAAGCAAGGUACCAGCAGAAAUAUCACUGGACAACAUGGCUACCAACAGAAUGACGCACGCUCACAAAAAGCAGCUCCUUCGUCACAAACCUACUCUGGUGAAGACAGUAGAUCCAGAACCAGUCAUAAACCAUCUGGUCCAGAAGGAGGUCAUCCCUAAGACCAUGGCGGGACAGUUACGAAGCCCAAAGAAACCAGAAGAAGCGCACGAGAGACUGCUGACCGUGCUGCCGUCCCGUCCUGACCCGGCGUUCUUCCACUACUGUGACGCCGUACGGAAACAGGACUCCGGUCUGGCUGAUCAACUGGAAAGGAAAACGCCUUCCAUCAGCGGAAGUGGAGAGAACGGAGUGUUCGGGUCCAUGCCCCUGAAGACUCCCUCUGGAUCCGAGGGGGACAGCAUCAGUAUACACGAUGCUCUUGAGACGAAGAUGAAGUAUGAAGACAUGAACAACAGUCACUACUCCAUGGACCUGGACCCGACUGGCCCCCGGGCGAGGUCCAAACAGCGACUGGUCAGCUCGUCAACAGAAGACGAGAACCCGUCGCCAUUGGUAACGCCCACGACAUCAUCCGACAAGCACAUAUACGCGGAGAUCAAGGGCAAGAAGAAAUCGAGCAAAAAACAACCUAGUUCUGGACAACAGAACAUCGCCUUCCAGGGCGACGACAACAAUGGUUUUUACGACGACACUGAGACAAGCCCCAAGAGCUCCCGAGAACACACCAACGAAGGGUUUGAUGACUACGACCUGCCACCGUAUCCGCCAAGUCACAGGGCGAAAUCCAGAUCUGGAUCCAGUCAGCAGUCGCCGAGGAGCAGCGAAAGGAUGGAUCUAGAUCUGGCUGAAGCUGAACCAGUGGACAUGUCAAGUCAGUUCGCGGCUCCAUCGUUUGAGCCGAGACCUUCCCGCCGGCCGGGACCCCUGGCUCCUCCCGCCCAGCCACCCCCGCCUGUACCGGCACCUGUGUCCAGGCACGCACCUGUAUCAGCACCUGUAUCAGCACCUGUAUCAGCAUCUCCACCUGUAUCAGCACAUGAACCUGUGUACUCCACUCCUUCCAUCGACCCACAUCCCUUCGAGGCCCAGUCCGGACAGAGGGUGACAGCAGAAGACGGGUGGCCCGUUAUCAUCGAAGUCUACGGGCCAGCUGACGAGGUAAGAUGGCUGUACGAAGGCCGAGAGUUGCCGAACUGUGCUCAGUACCAGCAGGAGUCGGAGACGCCCGAGUGUCACCUGCUGCACAUCAACGGUGUGAACCGGCAGAACGCCGGGGUGUACACCUGCCAGGGAACCAUCUACGGGGAGGGCACGGUCUCGUGCGACGUCAUCAUCGACAUAGCCGGGACCAAGUCCAAGACUGGCUCGUACACAAACAUGCCGAUGUACGAUGACGACUACAGCCUACACCCACGAGAUGACUAUGACGACGGGGAUCGGAAUUUAUCUUCAAUGGUUUAAACUCUGUGGUCUAAACAGUUCAUUCGCCAUCACUUAAAAGUCCUCCAUGCUAGUGGAGCACUUUCAUUUAUUGAAUUUACACAAAAUUGACAGUGUUUUGUUUAAUUCUGGGAUAUUUUCUUGGUUCAAUGAUACGUUGACGAGUACUAAGUAAACGUUAGAGAGAACCUUGUAAAAAGAAUUUGUAUCCAUUUGCCUGAGUCAUUAUAUAAUAAUAGCGGUUACUAUUUUUACUAAAUAGAGUGUUUCGAAUAAGCUAGAAUUGAAUGUAGUAUCUAUAUCUGUUGCAGUGUUAAGUAAUGUAUUUCCAUGACAAUUUCUAUAACAUAUUUAAACGUGUUUUAAUCAAGUUGGUGUUAAUUUUGCAUAUUGGAUCAUAUCUAAGCUUGACGUAUUUAGAGCAUAGUCAGAUUGUAUCAAUAUCAAGUGUAUCAUGACCAGAAGAAUGUUUAUUGUAUUAUUUGGUUUACGUUUUCAAUAAGUGCUGUGUUCUAUAUAGUGCGUAACAAUGAAAUCCGGUGCCAACGAUGAGAUCCUCAAUAAUGCUGCUGCCUGCUGUCGGUUCGUUUUGGCUAGCUGGAAACCCUCCUUUUUGUCAGAGUAAUACUUAAAACACUUGUCCUGCUUAGCGCAACAUAUGUCGCUUGGCACAUACAGUACGUACCAUCUAUAUAGCACCCUGUAUAGGUACGAUUUGGGGGUAUUUCUCGUGCAACG